AUGACUUGCUGCUCUUCCACCGACUCACUUCACGACUACUACUACGAUUACUACAAUUUCUAUCCCUCAGUUGGAUCAUCCUACUCUAACGACUCAGGUACUGACUCAAGCAUGUCUACUCCCAGUAAGCAAGGUGCAUCUGGGGUCUACAAACGAAAUCGCAACAACAUGGACUCUGCCUUGAAGGACGACCUUUGCGGCCUCAUAUUAGGUGGCGUGGAGAUGGAAGAAUACGUGCAACAUGUUUAUGGCGUAUCGAAGGACGACUUAGAGUACAUAAAGUCCAAGAAAUGGGAGCCUGAGGGCUUGGCUGUGUAUACGAAGCUACUCAAUGAGGGCGCUCCAGAAGAAGACCUUUACGCGCCAUUCAAGGCGAUUGUAGCCGAUCUCUUCGACACUUUCGCCCAGGACGAGAAGAAGCUUAACGUGCACCAUGCUUCCCUUGGCAAGACCGCGCUGAAAAGUGUUGGGAAUGUUCGGAAACCGGACCAGCUUUUCUUUUUCGGCUCACAUAACAACAAAUCGCCUAUAACUUGGUCCCUCGCGAAGGCCUUCGUUGAAUUCGCUGUAACACCUAGCGCACAACGUGUCAAAGCCUCAUUCGGUCUCAUCAGCACUAUCAAUGAAGAUGACUCUGUCGCUCCAGGAAACGUUGUGUCUGCAUCUAUGCCCGACUUGAAGCCAUCCCCCACGACCACGACUCCAUCAGGAAGAAAGCGCCGCAGUAGCGACAUGCCUAGUGGAUCUUCUAAGCGCGCGAGGCAUGAAACCUUAAGUGGGAAAGAGCCGCAAGCUGCCGGAUACGCUUUGGAGCUCAUGGCUUCCGCUUGCAGACGAUGGGCCACUGGUGUGGUCAUCAGGGACACGCAAAUGUCGCUACAUUACUACGAUAGAGUGGGGGCUAUCUUUACCAAACCAUUCAGCUUCGAUAAAGAGCCUUGGAAAUUGGCUUUAUUCGCCCUGGCCAUCGGACAGUGCGACGUCGUACAAGCAGGAUUCGACCCGCUAAUUGCGCCCGAUCUCGACACCCCACUUACCGACCCACUUUCCUCGCUGAAGCACGCGGUUCUUCAUAUACCGAAGGGCAAUGGAAAUGCACAGAACAAUGGGGAAGAUGGAAAUAAAGAAGACAUUGAUGACGAAAGCAACAACGACAAAGGCAAGAUUGACGACUGGAUUGCAAGGGGAGUCUAUUCGCACUUCGAAAUCACCGAUGACCCACUGUAUAUCUACGGUGGCCUCACUGGCCGUGGAUCACACGUAUUACCUGGAAAACUAAUCAAGAAGGCUGAAAGCGCAAUUCCGCACGAAAGCGCUGAAAACGUGGACGACGAGGGGAAGCGACCGUCUUUACCAACGAACUCUACGGCUGCCAUGGUUGCCAAGCUCAGUUGGCCAACAGAGAAGCGUCCGUGGCUAGAGGCCAACACAAUUCAAGACCUAUUCGAGAAGAUUCCGAAGAUGAAACAUCAUCUUCCUCAAAUACGCUGCGCCAUAACGCUCAAGGGUGAAUCCAUAAGACUUCCACGACAUCUCUUCGGUGACAUGACUACUGCUCAUAAACUCGAGCAGCGCUAUUUCACCCUUCUAUUUACCGACUGUUAUAAUCACCUCUGGGACAUCAAAACUGUGGCCGACUUUCAGCUGGCGUACAUUGACAUCGUCGAAUGUCAUCACGCUGCGAUGAAGUUUGGCAACGUACUGCAUCGCGAUAUCAGCGAGAACAACCUAUUGUGGACCAAGAGCGCUAAGAACGCUAAGCGUGGGCGCACCAUUGGCGUCCUCAAUGACUGGGACUUAGCCACACCUGUCGAUGCCAUUGGAAACAGUUCCAAGCACCGUACAGGCACGGGCCCAUUCAUGGCCUUGGACCUCCUUGCCCCGGAACCCCCUGUCCAUCUCUACCGCCACGACCUUGAAUCACUCUUCUACGUUCUUAUAUGGGCGGCAGUGCAUUACAACAUAGGUGAUGACGUCCCAUACGCGCACCGUGUCGACGAUGAGGUAGAAAAGUGGACAGGGACCUACUUGGAGGCCCUUAGUGCAAAAACUCUGUUUUUGAGUGACACAGGGCCUGUGCUCAAGCGUAUACGACCCGCGUUCCAUGGUUUGCGGCCGACUUGGAUCGAGUCACUCUGCAAACUAUUCCAGAGGGCACAGAGCAAUCGUGUCUUGCUUGCGAGCCAGAUCGUGGAAGCGGCCCAGCAAGAAAUUCAAGUAGAACUCGACGAUACCAAUGACGUUUUCGCGCCGCUGAAGGAAGGACAGGUUCCCGCUAACAUGAACAUCGACGAUGACGAUGAAAGCGAUCAUGACGAAGAGAAGGAGUCAGAGCUACACUUGCCUCCUCCCCCAGCCGCACCCGCGCCGCCGCCAGUAGACGUCGAUUACGAGACCUUAGGCGGGUGCCUGACAUUCGAGAGUUUCAUGGCUGCACUUAAAUGGUCUCCCAGAGUGAUACGCCCGGUAGAUACCAAAGAUCAAGCUUCUAAAGCAAAGUGA